AUAUUCACAAAGAAUUUUGCUUUCAAGGAGUCCUGCAAUAUCUCAGAAAUUUGCAUGGAGUUGCUUAGUGAAAGAUACUUUGCUCUUUGAUAUCAUUAUAGUGAAAUCAUUACUGAAGACGAACAUUCUAGAUUCUGCUAUAUUAGCAGUGAUUACCCUUUUUCAAAUUUAUCUUUCAUGAGCAAAUGCCUAAAUCUAAUUGCUGCCUCCAUCAGAUGAGACCCAUUGAAUCACCUGUGGUAUGGUCAGUCAGCACAGUAAAGUCCAUUGAUUCAUUGGAUAUAACAUAGCUGGAACUACCACUUGGAUUCCGGUCAAAUUUUGAAGCAUCAUGUUACCUCUAGCAGUCUUGGAAGACAUUGAAUCUGAUCCAUUCUGGCUUUAAGUAGAAAUUGUCUUGGCCACCUUGAUAGAUCACUUGUGAAUGUGUGGAUCACAGUGAAUUUGACCAUAUUGGUUUUUCUGAUGUUCUCGGUCCUAUUUGAUACCAUAACUUCUAGUUUUUUCUGCAUACUGAGGUGGGACGUGUUGGCAGAAGUUUUUUCUUGGCUCCAGUGCUUUGAGGAACAGGAUAAACUCAGAAGGUGAAUGACAGCAGGGAGUUGUACUUGAACAGAAAGAGAAAGUGGGACACAACUGCCUGAAAUGUGUAACUUCUAAAGAAGUGUUAAAAGGCUACGCCAGAAUACUGCAAGGGUACAAGCUGCCCAGCACCUGAUACAUCUUUCCAGCUGAUACAGAAAGCUCUUUGUUGACCAUGGCAUCCCGGGAUGAUGACAGCAAGAAAGUGACCCCAGUGCUUAGAGUAAGUCAGCUUGAUGCGCUUGAACUGAACAAAGCUCUGGAGCAGCUGGUCUGGUCCCAGUGUACUCGCUGUUUUCAUGGAUUUAAACCUGGACUCUUGGCUCACUUUGAACCAGAAGUUAAAGCAUUUCUCUGGCUCUUUUUGUGGAGAUUCACCAUCUAUUCGAAGAAUGCAACAGUGGGGCAAGCUAUUCUGAACAUCCAGUAUAGUAAUGACUUAUCCCAGGUGGAUACAUAUCAGACAUUGAGCAAACAACAGAAGUUAUGGUAUCUGAUUUGCACCACUGGUGGAAAAUGGGUAGAAGAAAGGUGUUAUGAUUUAUUCAGUAACCGGCCACUGGAGUCAUUCCAAAAGACUAAGUAUUUUAUUAACUUAGUAGUCGGGUUCCUCAAACUUGGAGAGUUGCUGAACUUCCUGAUUUUCCUUCAGAAAGGAAAGUUUGCAACUCUCACGGAACGUAUUUUACGAAUCAGAUCAGUGUUCUGCCAGCCACAAGGAGUUCGUCAUAUUGGAUUUGAGUACAUGAACAGGGAACUCUUAUGGCAUGGAUUUGCAGAAUUUCUGAUUUUUCUUUUACCACUUAUUAAUAUACAAAAACUCAAACUCAGAGUUGCUUCUUGGUCUUUACCUGUGGCAGGAUGUGCCAGGAAUGAAAAUACUUCAGUGAUAUGUUAUAAGGAAUGUUCUCUCUGUGGAGAAUGGCCUACUAUGCCUCAUACCAUAGGCUGUUCACAUGUUUUUUGUUAUUAUUGUAUUAAAAGUAACUAUUUGGUUGAUAUGUAUUUUACAUGUCCUAAAUGUGGCAUAGAAGUGCAAGAUCUGCAGCCUUUAAAAUAUAAGAUAGAAAUGGAGGAGGUACAUGCACAGUAGACUGUCAGAGGUUUUGAAAAGUGUAACAUGUGAGAUCUGUCCAUCUAUAGUAAUGUUUAAAUUCAUCUUUAGCUAUAAUUAAUUGGACCUUUUUCUUUCUGUUCGUUUAGUUUGUGCUUUUUUGUGUUUUCCUUGCUAUAUAAAUGCUUAGCAACUCUAAAGAAAUAAGGAUAAA